AUGGCUGACAUUGUUGGGCCUCCGUCCGUUCAGCACUCGGCGGAUUCUUGGUCGACAACUGAAGUCAAAUCGCUUCAACAUAAUCACGUAUGGACCAUUCGAGGAUUUUCUCAAUGUGAAUGCCGUUAUUUGGAGACUACUGUGAAAGUGAAGGAACAAAUUGUCCCAAUUCCCACUCAAAGCGUUGGACUUGGUGAUCAUGGGACGUUGCCUUUUCGAAUUCGGUUACAUCCACAAGGGAACAAAGAAAGCAAUAAGGAUUUCACUUUUUUUCAGGUAUUCUGCAAUGCCCAACAAGCUCGAUACAAGGCCAAAUUUGCUGUUUUCAACACAAGGAAUGAAGAAAUACCAACAACAGUUUACACCGGCACCCAACAACUUCAUGGGUACUUCGAAUACAUUCGUAGGGAUUUAUUGGUUCAGCACAUAGCACCUCAAGAUGAGCUCCAGUUGGUAUUGACGCUGACCAUCACCUUCGAUACGGUCACAAAAAGCUCACAAAACCCCUUGCCGCGCCUUUCUGCACAAGCCGAACCGAAGCCAGCUGAAGUAGCUAGAGACUUGGAAAACGUUUUUCGUGAUCGACGCUUUUGCGACUUCAUGAUUUAUGUGGGAGAUCGACGUCUUGAUGUGCAUAAGGUGAUCUUGGCAGCCCGUUCACCUUAUUUUGCGGCUUUGUUAGAACCGCAUACCGAAGAAUCAAAGAAGAACUGUCUGCGUCUCAAUGAAUCUGAUGUAGAAUUUGAGGUUAUGCAAGAACUACUGACGUACAUGUACACUGGGCGAUGCACUCGUCUCUCCGACAUCUCGCUCGAGCUCCUCGCAGCUGCUGAUCGCUUCGCCAUGCCGGGAUUGAAAGAUAUCGCCGAACAGAGCCUACGUGCACAGCUCAGCAUUGAGAGCGUUUGCCGAAUCCUCUGCGUUGCCGAUCUACACAUGGCUAUCGCGCUGAAAAAAAAUGCAAUUCAAUUCAUAACGACCCAAUCACAACCGGUCACCGAAACAGACGGCUGGAAAGAGUUGGUGUCAAACAGUCCCGAGCUUGUAACAGAAGUGGUGCAAGCGAUUUCAGCGAUGAACUCCAACAUUGCACAGACUUAUGUAAAUGCAAAUUCUUCAUCAUCUGUUAUUUCCUGUGAGCCACCUGCAGCAAAGCGUACACGCUUCGGAGGAAUGGAUGCGAGUGGACACUUG